ACCAUCGAGAAGCGUCAUCUGUGUACGUCAAGCAUCGGCACCUGCAUUGCAGCACCGCUCCAAACUGCCACUUCCACUUUGCGCCCGAGUUCGAGCAGCUGGCUGGUUAACUGGUUCACUGCUGGCGACGCUCACCGGUUAACUAACUGCCUGUUCGUGGUGAGCUAGUUACCCCACAGUCUGAUGAAUGCAGGAGUGGACGAGUAGCCGCCGAUCGAUCCGCCGCCCGGGGCUUUGCGGGCUAGCCUAUUGUUACUAGGCGGCUCACGCUGCUGUGUCUGUACUCCGGCCCACUAAAUACUUGUGGCGAGCAGAUGAGAGAGGCGCCGGUGGAAGAAUGAGCAGAAAGGAGCACUUGAAGUUGAAAGGAGCCGAAGUAAGCUGCUGCGUCAAGUACCUUCUGUUCGGCUUCAACAUCGUCUUCUGGCUGCUGGGAGCUGCCUUCCUGGGCAUUGGACUCUGGGCCUGGGCAGAGAAGGGAGUGCUGUCCAACAUCUCAUCCAUCACGGACCUGGGCGGGUUCGACCCUGUGUGGCUCUUCAUUGUGGUCGGUGGGGUGAUGUUCAUUCUGGGUUUCGCCGGCUGCAUUGGAGCCUUAAGGGAAAACACCGUCUUGCUGAAAUUUUUCUCUGUAUUUCUAGGGCUCAUCUUCUUCCUGGAGCUGACAGCAGGCAUCCUGGCCUUCGUCUUCAAGGACUGGAUCAAAGACCAGCUCAACUUCUUCAUCAACAACAACGUGAAGGCAUAUCGGGAUGACAUCGACCUGCAGAACCUCAUAGACUUUGCGCAAGAAUACUGGUUGUGCUGCGGCGCUCAUGGGCCCAACGACUGGAACCAGAACAUCUACUUCAACUGCACUGAGCUGAACCCCAGCAGGGAACGCUGCGGCGUGCCUUUCUCAUGCUGCAUCAAGGACCCUGCGGAGGAUGUGCUAAACACGCAGUGCGGCUACGACGUGCGUCUGCAGGGGGAGCUGGACCAGCAGAGGUAUAUUUAUACCAAGGGCUGUGUGGGACAGUUUGAAAAGUGGCUUCAGGACAAUUUGAUAGUGGUUGCUGGUGUGUUUGUCGGCAUCGCACUGCUGCAGAUAUUUGGCAUCUGUUUGGCCCAGAACCUGGUGAGUGACAUCAAAGCCGUCAAGGCCAACUGGUGACAUCCCUGCAGUACAGGAACAGGGGGGCGGAGCACCAUAUCCACCUUCUCCUCACCAUGGACCUGUGGACUUGGGCACGGAGUGGUGCUGGAUUUGGGUUCAAGCUUUAGCUGAGGGAUACCUAUGCAUUAUAGCUCUUUUUUUGGAUUAGGGGAGUGACCCACUGGUCUCUCUUCUUUUCUUGUCCUCAUCGUCCAGUGGCUUUGUCUCCUGUGAGAAACAGCGCUGUGAUGCAGAUACCUCUUCCCUCCGUGGCUCUGCUGUGUUGUGCUGUUAUUUCUUUACAGCUUACUGUGGUUUUUACCUCAGUGCCCUCACUGAGAUUGCGUGCUGAACUCCUGACCUCUGUCCAUCACCCAGGUGGCAUCCAGCACCGGCUCGUCGCUCUUCACCCAUGUGGUUUCGGUCCAACCCGUGUGUUCCACCAGGGUUUGCUGGUAUUGCUCUGAACCCACGAGCGCGUGUUGCGCUCAUCUAGUCCCAUGUCAGUGGCUCCGAAGGAACCGUAUGCUGGUGAAAGAACAUGUCAGAGCAGUCGUGUGAGACUUGUCCUUGGAACCGUUCCAAGUGAUGAAGCAGUGAUCUUGAUGCGUCGGUGAUACGUGUCAUGUGUACAGUCCUCCUGCAUGCACCCUCAACUGCCCCCCUUUUCUGUUAUCCCCUCCUCUCUGAGCUCAGUGCCUUGCAGCCGAGCAGGUGGAAACAUUCCCUGGGGGAGCGACACUCCUGUGUUGUGUGUGGCACACGUAUGACCUUGUACUGUGUCCACGUGUCCUUGUCCCCACCAUUCUUCUGUGCUUCUGCUGCACCACGCUGUAAUCCCCAAAAGAGCGCGUGGGCUGAUCCAUGUGUCACGCAGCUGGCACUCGUACCCUUUAUACCUCAACAAAAUUACAACUUCUUUCUUAUUGUGAAUAAUGUGCAGUCCUUUAUGACCUAAGGUGGUGUUUGGGGAUCCCGCUGAUGUCGUGUUUUCUACUCCAAGCCAAAGGAGCACAUAAGGCCCACUUUGAGCAAUGUCAGAACUCAUAUGUAGGCGGAACCCAAAAUCACGCAUGUGCCGCUCACGUGUUGGGUCUUUGCUGUUGCUUUAAGUGGAAUGGGAGACCGGAAUGAACUGGACUUUCACUGGUUCUCUUCUGGGCGAAAUGAACAUUGUAUUGAAUCUCAAUGAAAACACGUGUGUGACAUUCCAUGUGAAACACCACAUGGAAAUGCAGAAACACACAAACACGCUCUCUACCUCAUUUUAGGAGCACGGCUCUGUUGUAAUUGAUGUUACCUUUGUUUGUUCUCUGCUUGGCCUCAGAGGCCCCGUGUCAUGUUCCCAGUAUAGUAACAUCACAAUGUCUUGCCUCUUCAUUUCUCUAUGCAAUGCAAAAUGGGAAUGAAAUAUGUACAGUAGUCAGAUUGCCAAACUUUAGCCCCCUCGCUUCAGGAUUCAAAUGAAGGGCACUGAUGGACAGGUCCGUAAAGCAUGUUUCACAUUCCUGUAGUCGUGGCUAUGUUAGAAUUGCUGCAGAAGAAGCUCAUAAUGCUUUGAGUUGGACACAGGACAUUUGCAGUAUACAGUAAUAUCAUGAGCUAUAAUGUAUUUUGCGUCUCUGCACAAAUACAUCACUCAAACCAUGCCUGAAGAGUAUGAACUCUUGAAUAACUGUAAUGUCAUUCUAACAUGCAGAUUAUGCAGGUUGUUUGUAGUUAAACUAAGGUUUAUAGCAAGCAACACUAAUUUAGGUCUGAAUGUGACACCAUAAUUGCUGUUGUCAUUAAUUAUAAUCCCAUUAAUUAUUCAGUUAGCUGUGGAGAAAGAACGCAUUCAUUAAAUUAACAGAUUUAUCCUGUUUUUAUUGUGUUAAGGUGUAAUACUUUUCCCCAGCCGAUAGGACACUUUUGUUAUGGCUGUCGCGCAGGCAAUGUGUGUCGUCUUCAUUUCUUGCCUUCUUCCUUUGCAGCUUUUACACACCUAGAGGUUUCACACAGGUUUCCUUGUUCCUUCUUGCCAUCUCACCUUGAAUUUUGCAUCUUCAGCCACUGAAUCAGGUGUCUCACUUCAGUACAUGUUUACACAAUGCAAGUGUUAAUUUGUGCUGGAUUGGAUUGUAAUGAAUUCAUUUUUAAAGUUUCUUACUCAUGUUUACUUUUGUAUUCUGUUGGACACUUUUGUUUUCCACAAGUAUAUCGCUGUUACUCUUGAGGUGUUUGAUGUUUUAUUCAGCUUUCCUGUCUUUCUUGGGGGGGUCCAGCCAAAACAUCCUUUUCAAAGCGUAAGUGCAUCAUUCUGAUCACGUCUUAUGUGAUGUCUACAGCAAUGGGAAAAUGUCAGUUAGGAAUGAACCAUUGCUCAUAUUGUUUAAUUAAAAGCUAAUUUUGUAAAAUGUUUCUCAAGACUACAUUUCUGUAGAAAAAAUGAAAAUGGCUUUGAUUGUUAGUGUAACAGAGUAUAUAGUAUCUGUCUUACAAAUAUGCUCCUUUUUUCAUAAUGAAUAAAAUGUUUUAUGAUAAUGGUGUUGCUUUUGAACCAUCUCCUAUCCGAUAUAGAAUGUUGUCUGUGCCCUAUUUUGUUAAUCUCCUGUUGUUGAUCUUCUAAUGUCUCAUGUUUCUUAGCACAUUGCAUACCGUAGUAAGAGUUCUAUUCUGUUAAUGUUCACUGUUUAACACUUCAGUAGCAACUACAAAUGACUGGUUUCCUGUGCGUGUCUACCUUUUCUGUCACAAGAGGGAACUAUUUGCAGUCAGGCUCCUCAUCACAUGUACAGAUAGCUGUAUUUACUGCGGUGCAAUACUGCUUGUUGCACCUCAACUGGUGCCUUCAGAGCAGCUGCACUGUCACCAGCCAGGAGCUACUCCUCAUUGAUGUUUCACCCCUCAAUCCCAGAACAGCUCCUGGUAGCCUAGCAGUGAUACGGAGCUUGCUGCAGGAUCCAUCCCCUGCAGGAGUUGUCCGUUCUCCGCAGCAAACAUCUCCCUUUCGCUGCUCACAGAGUCCUCCAGCUUCUCUCACGAACCCUGUGUUCGCCAGAUUUUUCCUUUAUUACCCAGAACCAGAAGCUUCCCUUGUCUGUCUCCUCUGUCAUCCUUCCCUGCAUUUAUCCACAAGCCCUGAGUAUUUCUGCCUCUUCCUCUGGUUGGAUGCCUCCAAGCCCUGGGAUGGUUAGCUUGAUCAGUAUGACCAUUCCAACUGUUGGAGACCAUACCACCAUGUUUGCUUUGAGGAAUUACUGUUGUUUCAGUGGGAAAUCACAGAUGUUACAUUUACUCAUUUAGCUGGUGCUGUUCUCUAAAGUAACUUACAGUUUUAACCUAC